GGACACUUUUGUGACAGGUUGCGUUUUAGCGCAGGAGAGAUCACCGAGGAGCUACCAUACGCGUUGUCCAGCGUUCAUCACUCUGGCGCCACUCAAAAACGCGGAAUUGCUCAUUCGGUUCCCUUGCUGAAAUCCAAGCGUCAGAGUAGCCAUGCCCUCGUUCUUGAACAAGGUCUUUGGCCGAAAGACGAGCGACGACAAGGACCAAGCAAAGCCUUUUCAGGAUUCUAUCGACAAUGGUUUACUUGACGGAAAAUAUGAGGCUGUGACUCCAUUGAACUUCACUGCCCCCAACUUGUCAAAGGUUCAGACGGGUAAAGAUCAUGCAGGUUUCUCAUUAUUUAGGCCUAAAUCUCGGAUUCCCAACUCUCCCUCAUCACACAAACGCACGGAGAAUCUUCCCCAGUUGUCACUCCACCUUCCGAGUCUGAAAGACAACGUCGAACUUGGCGUUUUCGAAGUUGAUCCCGAGUCCCAAAGGAUUCUUGAUGACUCUGUUAUCGGUGCAAGACUCCUGAAUCCUUUGGAAGCUCUCAUACUCGUUCGAGCAUGUGCCCAGACUAUCACUGAGCGAGGAUUGGAAACCCUCGGAAUCAUGCACCCUCAUUGGCACUCCGCGUCACCUGACAUUCAACGAAAGCUGAUCUCGCUCUUCAUCCAUUCUUUGGCUCCUAAAAGCCGCAUUACCACUCUCUCUCCAACGCCCGCCGCGGCAAUAUCUGCCUUUGAGGCUGAGCUUGAGUACACACGCUCUCCUCACGACGUCGCAGCUGUCCUCCGUUGGGGCCUUCGCCACCUCGUGCUUGAAAAUAACACUUUUGGCAAGGAUGUCUCUGCACCUGAAUGGGCAUGGUACAAGUCCUUUUUCAAUGCUGAAAAAGGGGCGUCGUAUCCGCACAAGAGCUUUACAGAGUUGCUCCUCCCCCAGCUCCCUCAAGCGCACAUCGAGUUGCUUCUUGCGACCGUUGACAUAAUAUCCGCAUUAGCGUCGCAUGCUGAAGCGAAUAGCAUCUCUGGUAGCAAGCUUUCCAAGUUUUUGGGCUUAUGGUUGCUCUCCGCAACGAAGAGUGAGCCAACUGACAACUGGACCACCUUUUAUGCUCGAUGGGAGCGCGCUGGUCGGAUCCUCGAGCAUUUGUUCCUCGCGCGAAUUAGGGAGGAGAGCUUCAAUUAUAGACUGCCUACCCGACUUCAGGAACUUGUCACGCACUAUCCAUACUCGAGGGGCUCACGCGCUACUGACGAGGAUCUCCUUCCCCAUCCUCGCUUCUCCACGCGGAGCUGCAGUGUCCUCUUCGUGCGCGUAGAGACCCUUCUGUCAGAGUCUGCAUCUCAGCCCAAACCAUCACCCGUUCGCCUGCUCUUGGAUGCAUUCAACCUGUCAUCUGAAGGUGAAACCUUUGAGCAAGUUGAGUUGUGGAACGCACUCAAGACUGCUGCCACCGAAAGUGCCUCUACAUCCUCGGCGGUUAGCACUCAAGAAGGCCCACAGUUUGGUCGGGUAUUCGUGGACGAGACGAUCCAGCUCCUCACGUCCUUGUCUCGUAACACAUCUUCUCCACUCACCCCGGCACUUGAAGUUGCAUCGCCCGUGCCCAGACGUUCUUCGCCCUUCAGCAAGAUCCUCGAUCGUAGCAAGGACAAGGCUGCCCACGGCAAUGGCAACGGCAACAGUGCAACGUCCCCCGUCUCGUCGGUCACCUCGCCAAUCAUCAGCGACUGGACACAGUUCUCCACGAGCGGUUUCGGUGAGACGAGCGCAACUACCCCUCUUGCUGCAACGCUCCUCGAUACAGACAAGGAUGUUGAGAUCACAGAGCCGCUCGUGUCCCCUAAGUCGAGUAAGAGAUGGGGAAGGUCACGCUCGGGACAGCGCUAUGCUGACUCCCCACGCGAGAUGAGCACCAAAGAGCCCUCAGUCCUCAGCACCAAGCUCGCGAGCGUACACAUAACGCAGGUUGACGAGGCCUUCAUCGAUUUCUGGUCCGACGCCAUUGCAGACCCCAUCACUGAGAACUGGCCCUCAUUUGUCAUCUGCGGGCUGAAGCCGCUGCCUGCGAACGAUACUGUGAACUGGCUUAUUGUUGAGCAGACAUAUGUACGCCAGCAGCCCCCACAGCCCCGUCCGACGUCACCCGAGCGCCGUGGCCGCACGUCACCUCGCCCUUCGUUCCGCUCCGAUAUUUCUGGCACAUUUGCUGCUACGAGGAAGCGAUUCAGCUUUUUCAACGGGGGCAGUAAGACUAGUUUGACGGGCAAGAAGGUUGUAAUGGGAAAGUCGCCCAAGGUCGGCGAGCUUGGUGAGAUCUUGCCUGAGGAGGAGGAGAGGUCUGAGACGCCGACGGCUAUGACGAGCAGGAGUAGACUGGGAUUAGGCAUCACUGCUACUGCUGCAGUUGGUGCAGUUGCCGCAGAGGCUGUUCAACCGCCUACACCUUCACAGGGACCUUCGCGCGCCCCCGAGGAAAUUGCUCAGUCGCCUGCUGUAACCACCACAGGGCUACAGGAACAAGCCGUGGUCGAAGAAUCCAACGACGUUCUCGAUGGGGAGACCCUUGAGAAUAACGAGUCCGCUGCCAUCCCCGAUGAAUCUGUUCCAGAGUCUGAGGCUACACUCGUUGAGGAAUCUGUUACCCCCACCUGCAGCUCCUGUCGAAGAACCAGAGGUUGUGCCCACAGCGCCUGAGCUUACACAGGAUGUCGAGGAGCCUGUUGUUGAAACCCCCGGAACUCCGGCAUCGGAUGAUACUCUCCCUGCGGUCCCCGUAGUAGAUGUUUUAC